UCAGGAUUUCGUAUACCUGGCGUCAUUUGUUGUUAUCGCGCGGUUUGGGUCAUGGCUUUGUCCCCCUUGCGUCCGCCUUAAGGCAAUAGGGAGGCACUCAAACUGAUUAGCUGCGGGCUAUAAGAUGUUGAUGUAUCACCUUUUCCGCACCACGGACGGGUUGUGCCCUCAGCGUGGAAGGUGCCGUUAUGAGUGCUGUUGGCGCAGGCAUCGGUCCCUCCCCGUACUGUCGUCCUCGCGAGACGUCCUAGUCGCAGAUUGUUGUGGACGAACACUGCUGCCAUCGAUGCGUCUGCUGUGUCACGACGUCACUAGUGAUGCACGCUCACAAAGCGCCUGUCGAGCCGCGGUUACCAAACAAUCGUGUACGUCCGUGGUCAGUGCGCAUGCGCACGAACGUGCCUGUUGGUUCGUUUGUGGAUGUCCCGCCUCACAGUGGACAACAGCCUCCGCCACACGAUAAGUGUGGCAUGCUCUUAACAUAGAUUUCGCCUGUUCGUCCAGUAAUAUGGUAGCUGACCCCUGUGCUCUGCAGGUGGUCAUCCGUUCGUGGUAUGUCAAGGUACAUGCUCGUGAGGUGACCUGUCUAACGCUGCCUGCAGGA